AUGCUUGAAAAAAUGCAGGCAUUAAAUAAUCUUAGAAAUUGCUCAACUUUUCAUGAUUUCAUAUUUAUCCAUAGAGGAAUCAGAUACCCAGUAAAUUCACUUCUCGUUUCAACAGUUUCAAAAGUAAUUUCACAAAAAUCUGUCUCAGAAUUCGAAAUUCCUCCAAUUGAUGGGCCUAUGGAAGAUUUUAUAAGCUUAAUAUAUGGCCAAAGCGUAUUAAUUACACCAAUAAAUUGCAGAUUUUUCAAUUGCAUCGCAAGACUGUUAGAUAUACAUGAUCUAGUAGAGAAAACUAAUGAAAUUAUUCUUAAAACCAACACUCUUGAUAAUGUAAUAAAUUUUGCAGAACAAUUACUUGAUUGCGGCUUAGAUGCUUCAGAAGAAAUAGAUUUAAUAGCAAGUAACUUUACUAAAAUCAUUGAAAAUUCAUUUUUAAAGAACUGUUCUCCUAGAUUGUUGACAAAUAUUAUACAAUCUCCUUCAUUUACAGGAAGUGGCAUUCAUUUAGUGCAAUUCCUUGGAUCCAUGAUACAAAGUGACCCUCUCAAGUACUUACAAGUAUCACAAUACCUUAUUUCAAAUGGUCUGGAUCCAAUUCAGGCCUUUACAACUUUACAGCCCUCAUUUGACCUGAACAAAUGCAAGGGCUUGCUCACUACAUUAAUUCCACGAAUGAAGGCCACAAAAGAAAAAACCAAAUAUUUCAUUCCAAAACCGGGUCGUGAAUUUGAAGGAUUUUUCAAUUACGCAAGCCAACAAAUCCAAACUGAAUAUCAUGGCGCCAAUAUAUUCUUCUCAAUUACGGCUUCAUCUGAAAAAUCAGAAACAACAGCGGUAACAAACCUUUUACAUCCAGAAGAUAAGACCACAUACUUUGAUACAAAAGGAUUUUCCGAAGAAUGGAUACAAAUAAAGCUCUCUUCCGGUCAAUUUGAAAUGACACAUUAUUCUUUUAUGUCAUGGAAAGAUGCGAACAAAGGACCAUGCCCAGAAUCAUGGAUACUACAAGGAUCUGCUAAUGGAUCUACGUGGAUUGAAUUAGAUCGAGUAGAACAUGAUAGAUCUCUCCUUGCUCCUUCAGCGGUUUCACUUUUUAAGGUCAAAUCAAUUUGUCCUCCAUUGGUUUACUUCAAAUUUAUACAACUCAAUACUUGCAGCACCAGAAAUAAAAGAUUCAUACUUUCUGGUCUCGAAAUCUUCGGAAAAUACAUUAACUGA